AUGUUACACCGUAAAACUCACGAAGAACUCCUCAAACUAGCACGCACAAUUGUGCAGCCGCUCCGCACAUCGUUCUACAAAGGACAGGCAGGAAAAAUCGCCGUUUUCGGCGGAUGCCAGGACUAUACGGGAGCACCGUUCUUUGCAGCCCACUCGGCGGCGCUUGUAGGCGCCGAUUUGAGCCAUGUUUUCUGUGAGAAGCAGGCGGCAACGGUCAUUAAGGGAUAUCUGCCCGAUUUGAUGGUUCAUCCGUACUUGUACGAGCUGCUGAACCCUGUAGUGCUCGAAUUUGCACCCAAGCAAAUGUGGGACAGCGUAAAGCAGAUGCCGUUGGAAGAGGCGGUUUCGGGUCCGACGUUGGAUGAAGUAAUCGAAAAACACAUCUUGCCGCAGAUCUUGGGCGCCUUGGAGCGCAUAGAUGUGUUUGUAGUGGGCCCUGGAUUGGGACGAGACCCAUUGAUGUUGAGAACCGUCUUUCGGAUCAUUCAAGAGAUCAAAGUUGCCAACAAGCCACUCAUUCUUGAUGCAGACUCGCUUUUCUUGCUUGGAAUGCUGCUAGACCUAGUGAAAGGAUAUGAGAAGGCGGUCAUCACUCCAAACGUAGUGGAAUUUGGCCGCUUAUGCCGUGCAGUCGGCAUUGACAACGAUGAUACCCCGGAGACAGCCCGCAAGCUCUCCGAGCAGUUGGGCGGCGUUUGUGUGGUGAAAAAGGGUAGAGAAGAGGUCAUUGUCAAGGGUGAAACUUCGCUAGCCAACGACAUGACAGGCUCUUUGAGACGUGUAGGCGGUCAGGGUGACACAUUGACAGGCGCAAUGGCCACCAUGCUCGUUUGGGCAGAGCACUAUAGGGAUGGGUUUUGGGACGCUUCUCAGGAGGAGCGCUUGGGGCCCCACGACAGCGUGGUGCUCGCCUGUUAUGCAGCUUGUGCAUUGGUGAGAAGAGCUAGCAGCAAGGCUUUUUCCAAGUAUAACAGAGCGAUGCAGACAUCGAACAUCCAUGAGUUUUUGGGAGAAGCAUACACUGAGUUGUUUGAAGAAACUCCCUUGAGAUAG